UUUAUCAUUAGCGGUGAGCAGUGAGAGAGGAGGUGCAGGUAAACGUGGUGUUCGGUAUUUUAAUUGCAAGGGAGGAAGGGAAAAGGGAGGGAGAAAGAAGAUGUGCGGAAGGGCCCGGUGUACUUUGAAUCCAGUAGAGGACGUUCCCAGGGCCUGCGGCUUCAAUGCCAACCUCCCCACCCUACACACCCAGAGGUAUCGUCUUUCAUACAAUAUUGCACCAGGAGCAUACCUACCGGUGCUUCGGAAGGAACAAGAAUCGAAACACGGAUAUGUGGUACAUUGCAUGAAAUGGGGACUUGUUCCUAGUUUCACAAAGAAAACUGAGAAGCCUGAUCACUUCAAAAUGUUCAAUGCUCGUUCUGAGUCAAUACAGGAGAAGGCAUCUUUUCGCCGGCUUGUGCCUAAUAAGCGCUGUCUUGUGGUUGUUGAAGGGUUUUAUGAGUGGAAGAAGGAUGGGUCAAAGAAGCAGCCAUACUAUCUACAUUUUAGGGAUGGCCGGGCACUUGUAUUUGCAGGUCUUUAUGAUACCUGGGAGAAUUCUGAAGGUGAGGGACUUUAUACUUUUACCAUAUUGACAACUCGUUGCUCAUCUGCAUUGGACUGGCUUCAUGAUAGAAUGCCUGUUAUAUUGGGGAAUAAGGAAGCUAUUGAUGCAUGGCUAAAUAUUACACCUUCCCCCAAAGUUGAUUCCCUUCUUCAACCAUAUGAAGGUUCUGAUCUUGUGUGGUAUCCUGUGACACCUGCAAUGGGUAAGAUAUUUUUUGCUGGACCUGAGUGUAUUAAAGAGAUUCAAUUAAAAAGUGAGAACAAGAACACAAUCUCAAAGCUUUUCAUGCAGAGCCAUAAUAAGAAGCAACCCAUCUCUGAGCCGUCCAUCAGAAAAGCGGCUGAGGAUUCCACUCAUGGUCAUACUUUUGAAAACUCACAAGAGCCAUCCAAUACAAAUGAAGACUGGGAACCCAUCGAUGAUUUCAAAGUUUGCAUUGGCAUCAAAAGGGAGGCCUCUCCUGGAAAUGCUGAGGAGACUGAGAAACGUCGAACUAAAAGAGACAUUGAACAACUACUCGUUGAUCCUAAAAAAGAAACAAUAGUCGGCAAGGAAAACCCCAUUUCCGGUGAGGAGCGUCAGGGUUAUAUGGAUAGAGGUUCACACAAGAAUGGAAUGCCGAGGAUCACUGGGGGCAAACAAGCAAACUUGUUUUCUUACUUUGGUAAGAGUUAAUUGCUUUGUAUAUGACGGAAUGGUAACUGGUUUGGGUGCUUCAAUUUUGAGUUUUGGUCUUUUGGGUCAUGCCUUGACCUGGCAUUUUGAAUGGCAAGGGAGAGAGACCUGGAACCAUGUAUUUUUAUUGCUGCCUGGCGUUUCUUUGGAGUUUCCAUGCCAUGUUACAUACACAUGCAGUUAUGUAAAUAUUAGUGCCUUCUUAGAUUUAUUUUGUAAAGCUUAA